CUUAGGUGGUGGGGUAUUUUUUCUCUCUCGGCGCCAGAACCUAGUGGUGUUGCGAUUCUCUUUCUCCAUUGCAAAACCUAACAAGCGAGAGUUCGAUCACGUUUGAUGGAAGAUUCACACAGCAACACUGCAGCGGUGCAAGCCACCAACGAUGACGCCUCCGCCAGCAAAUUGUCAUGUGUGAAAAAGGGAUACAUGAAAGAUGAUUACAUUCAUUUGUUCGUGAGAAGACCUGUUAGGAGAUCUCCAAUAAUUAAUCGAGGUUACUUUGCUCGCUGGGCUGCUAUUCGGAAACUUCUAUAUCAGUUUCUUGAUGUUGAGAAGAAGUCAGAUGAAGAUCCCCCUAUAAAGAAGCAGAUAUUAUCACUUGGAGCAGGUUUUGACACAACAUAUUUUCAGUUGCAGGAUGAGGGGAAAGCACCUUAUUUAUAUGUGGAAGUGGAUUUUAAGGAGGUAACUAGUAAAAAGGCAGCACUUAUUGAAACUUGCAGCCCAUUGAGGAAUAAAGUUGACGAGACAGCAGCCAUAUCAAGAGAAAAAGGAGAAGUGUUCAGUGCUCACUAUAAACUACUCCCUGCAGAUUUGCGUGAUGUGCAACAAUUAAGUGCUAUUAUUACUCAUGCUGGUUUGGAUCCAAGUCUGCCAACUUUUAUAAUUGCAGAAUGUGUUCUGAUCUACUUGGAUCCUGAUUCAACUCGUGCAAUUGUUGGUUGGGCUUCCCAAACAUUUUCAACAGCAAUAUUUUUUCUUUAUGAGCAGAUCCACCCAGAUGAUGCUUUUGGACAACAAAUGAUACGGAAUUUGGAGUAUCGAGGUUGUGAUCUGUUGGGUAUUUAUGCUACGCCAACUUUACUUGCAAAGGAAAAAUUAUUUCUGGACCAAGGAUGGCAGAAGUCUGUUGCCUGGGACAUGAUGAGAGUUUAUAAUGAUUUUAUUGAUGCCCAAGAAAGACGCAGGAUUGAACGGCUGGAAUUGUUUGAUGAAUUUGAAGAGUGGUACAUGAUGCAGGAGCACUACUGUGUGGCUUAUGCAAUCAAUGAUGCCAUGGGUCUUUUUGGGGAUUUUGGUUUUGUUAAUGAAAACAGUGGGCUUCCUUCCUCAUGAAACACGGGGAUACACUCCAAUAGCAUAUAUAUUUAUAUUAUAUAUCACUCUUGCUAAGUAUCGUCCUUGGCUGUAACUGUUAAUACAGCAAGUAUGACGGUGGCACCUGCCAGCUCACUGCAGGGGAUGUUGUCUGGUGAAAAAGGUUUUCUCAGUAAAGCAACUUGUUGGUUAUUGUAUGAGAAUUCAAGCAUAUGGAUGAUUAGUAUUUUUGUAUAGAUCCCUUGAGAAAUUGUUUGUUUGACACAAAGCAUAGAUACUUCCCAUUUUCUGCUAGCUGUUUGGCAAAGAAAACGUGGUGGCUCCCACACAGCACCAACUGUUAAAGUCACAUUAUACUCUAGGCCUGUGUGGGGAUGUCCAUGUGAAAGAAAUAUGAACAUAGUGUGUAUUGUUUCUGCUUUUCAACACAUACGGUUUUUCUAUGCUUU